AGGGUGCUAAGCACAAUCCCAACAACAAGAGCUAGAAAGAUCGAGAAAAAACAAAAGAGAGUGAGAAAGAGAGUGAUGGCAUCAAUGUUGCGAUCGUUCUGUGUGAAAGCACCGCGUUUGUUGUUCAACUUCAAGUUGAGGUUAGUUAACGAUGGUGGUGGAGGCCAGUCCUUAAUCACAAGAGCACUCUCCUCCGCCGUGUCGCCGCCGUCGAAGGCUAUUAUAUACGAGGUGCACGGGCCACCGGACGCGGUGACAAGGUUGGUGGAGGUUCCACCUGUUGAAGUGAAAGAGAAUGACGUGUGUGUGAAAAUGUUGGCUUCACCUAUAAACCCUUCUGAUAUCAAUAGAAUACAAGGCGUGUAUCCAGUGCGGCCAGAACCACCUGCAGUUGGUGGCUACGAAGGAAUUGGAGAGGUUCACUCCGUGGGUUCUGCAGUUACCUCUCUCUCUCCCGGUGAUUGGGUUAUUCCCUCUCCACCCUCUUUUGGGACAUGGCAGACAUAUAUUGUGAAGGAUCAUAAUGUGUGGCACAAAAUAGACAAGGGUGUACCUAUGGAAUAUGCUGCUACAAUUACUGUUAAUCCAUUGACUGCUCUGCUAAUGCUUGAAGAUUGCAUUACUUUGAACUCAGGAGAUGCUAUUGUGCAAAAUGGGGCCACCAGCAUGGUUGGCCAAUGUGUCAUUCAGCUUGCAAAAUCUCGUGGCAUUUACAACAUUAAUAUUAUAAGGGACAGGCCUGGUGUUGAUGAAGUAAAAGAAAGACUUAAGAAUUUGGGUGCUGAUGAAGUUUUCACUGAGAACGAAUUGGAAGUGAAAAAUGUCAAGAGUCUCCUGGAUGGUAUACCUGAACCUGCACUAGGAUUUAACUGUGUUGGUGGCAAUGCUGCUUCUCUGGUUCUCAAAUUUUUGAGACAUGGAGGAACUAUGGUGACAUAUGGUGGAAUGUCUAAAAAACCUGUCACUGUAUCAACUUCAUCCUUCAUAUUUAAGGAACUUUGCUUGAGGGGAUUCUGGUUGCAGAAGUGGUUGAGCACAGACAAAGCUGAAGAGAGCAGAAGAAUGAUAGACAGGCUUUUGGGUCUUGCACAAGAUGGAAAGUUGAAAUACAAAAUGGAAUUGGCUCCCUUUAACGAUUUCAACACAGCAUUGGAUAAAGCUCUGGGAAAACUCGGGAGCCAACCUAAGCAAGUGAUCAAAUUCUAAAUAUGUGGGUUAUGGCUUUAAGGCAUGUGGUUGUUGGAAUUAUAUCUUUGGGAUUACUAUUUCUACAGUGACUGCACCUAUUGUUAUCUACGGUGGCUGCCAAAACGUCACCGUUUCAUGCUUAAACAAUUAAAAACAUCUAAUUGGGGUUUUCAUUCUCUCUCUACUACUAAUCACCAUCCCUAAUUGUUCCACAAUUCAUAACAUCGACGAAGGCAGCGACAAUUGUAGAAAGAACCAAUUAGAUGGUACUUGUACCUAACACAUUUGAAUAAUUUCGCCCGUUUUAUAUAACAAUUAUGUUGGUACUUGAUCAGUAUCUGCAAUGCAUGCAUUCCUUCCCAAUAAACCAGGCAUUGACAUUAGUCAAAUGUUGUUGGUACAAGUACCAUCUAAUUGGUUCUUUUUACCGUUGCCGCUGCCUUCUUCGAUGUUAUGGAUUGUGGAACAAUUAGGGAUGGUGAUUAGUAGUGGAGAGAGAAUGAAAACCACAAUUAGAUGUUUUUAAUUGUUUAAGCAUGAAACGGUGACAUUUUGGCGGUCACUGUAGAUAACAAUAUGUGCCGUCACUGUAGAAAUAGUAUUCCCUAUAUCUUUUUUGUGGAGAGGGUGUUCUGUAUUUUAUCUUUUACUUCUGUCUCACUCUUAAGUAUCACAUAUCAUGUAGAACCCCAUUUGUAAAAUACACAAAAAGAAUAAUCCCCAAAUAAUUGUUAUCGGAAUUCGGCUAAGCUACGCACGGGCAUGUUUGGUAUAGAUUUUGCAGAGUGAAGAAUGCGUUUGAAGCAAAAAUAUUGCCUGAAACCUUAUGCACAUUUACGUCAAUGUAUAGCUUUCAUUAGAUGCACAGCUAGGAUCUUUUGACACCUCAUCUGAGAGCUGUUAGAUCAAAAAAGAUCAACGACUCUGAUUUGCAAGCAUGUGACACCGUUGAUCUUUUCUGAUUUAACGGCUCUUAGAUGAGGUGUCAAAUUUAAAAUUUGACACUGGUGUCAAAGGAUCCUACCUCUUAGAUACAACCAAUAUAUUUUUGUUUUUCAGAAACUCGAAUUGAAGCCCUUGUCAUGAAACGCGGUGUGUAUCUGUAUUUAUUCAGGUAAAACUAUUAUUGUCUCCUAAAAUAUUUUGUCCUAAUUUUAUUUGCUAUUUUUGUCAAAGACGCAAUUAGGGAUAUUCGCGGUGUGGAUUGAAUCGAUUUUGAAGGUAAAAAUCAUCUGAUCCAGUCCCUUCGGUUUGAUCAUGUAAUCAUCCAUUCGGUUUGAUCAUGUAAU